AUGUUCACAUAUACAUUAGAUAUAGGUUAUAAAACCAUUCAUUAUCGGGUGGAUAAUAGUUCUUGCGGUAUGACUGACGAAGUAUUACAUGUUUCUACCAAGAAAAUGGUAAAGACUAGGUAUACAGAAAGUCAUACAUACUUGGAACAAUUUUUUGAGAGUUUACCUAAACUUCCUUCACACUAUUGUCGUAGCGAAACAAAAAAAUUGUAUUUAAAAUAUUCUUUUAACAGUAUGUCAGAUUUAUAUGGUGUUUACGUAAACAGUUUUUGUCAAGAAAAUAAUCUAACUCCUUUAGGUCGCAACGUAUUCCCAAAACGAUUAAAGGAGAAUAAUUUUGCUUUAUAUACACCGAAAAAAGACCUAUGUAAUAUUUGUUUUGCAUUUAAAUAUAAGAAUACGACUGAAGAAGAAUAUAGAGCUCAUAUAAAGAGAAAGGAAGACGCCAGAGAAGCUAGAACUUUGAAUAAAGCCAUAAGUGAAAAAUAUGAAAUAAUAGCACUAACAAUGGACCUAAAAGCCAUAAAAUUGUGCCCAUAUAUACCAGCGAACAAAAUGUACUUUAAAACCAAAUCGUCCUGCCCUAACUUCACAGUUUACAACUCAAAAACUAGAGAUGUUAUGUGCUAUUGGUUUUCAGAAAACGAAAAUAACCAGCUCAAAGCAUCCACAUUUGUUUCCUGUAUUAUACAUUAUUUAGAGGAGGACUGUGUUACCGAUUCAAAAACGCCAGUAGUUAUUUAUUCUGAUGGAUGCUUAAUAGGAGUCUUAAAAAUAAGGAAAUCCAUUUACCCAGUGACUAUGCUUCCAUUACAGCUCAAGCAAGGAAAGGAACUAAGCCAUAUAGACCGUGGAUUCUCAUUAUCGGAAGCUCUAGAUAUGAUAAAUGGUAGUGAAAAUGUCACUAAUGAACUGGAAGCAAUAUUUAUUGAGCCACCUAAUCCAUAUGUUGACACUGAUGAAGAUUCAGGGGCUGAAAUAGAUAACCUCAUAAUAAAUCAUUUAACUGGUCGUCAAUAUCAAGCUGUUGCUGGGCUAAAAUUAACCUAUAACAACCAUAUUGAAGCUAGUGAUGACGAUGUAAAUCUACAAUCAACACAUUCUUCUGCUGGUCCUUUCCAGGAACCUUUGAGGUCUGAAUGUAAUUGUUAA